AUGGAGGUCAUCUUGGAUCGUGUGAAGCCUGCUCAUAUCAUCCUCACUUUCAUCUUCCAUUCCUUCGACUUCAUCUUGUCCGCCAAUCACAACUUAUCCUCAUUCGCCACCAGUAUUUUCCUCACAAACACCCUCGCCUUCCUCAUCAACCUGUUUCAACCGCAAAACCAAUGGUUACCAGGUCAGGACGGAGAGUUCGCGGCAAAGAAUGAUAUUACUGAAUUAAACUAUGCAGAAAACCAAUUCGAUAUGUUCGGCUAUGCAAAAUUCUUACCUAUGUCUGGUAGUGAUUUUGAAAACGCUAUGCUGAUGAACAAUGUGAGAUCGUGCCCAAGAACUAGAGCCAACCAACAAUUUUUCACAUACCCUAAUGACAUACCACAAUUAGUAGAUUGGAGCCAAGAAGGAGUGGUCGCUCCAGUACUGGAUCAAAAGAUGUGUAAGGCUUCCUGGUCCAUCAGUGUCGUGGGGGUUAUAGAAAGCAAGAUCGCUAUUGCGGACCUAAAAAAUGGAAUUAGCUCACCAUUUAUGAGACUUAGUAUUCAAGAACUUAUUGACUGCACGAUGGAAAAUAACGGGUGCAGCGGUGGUAAACCUGCCACAGCCAUUGAUUUCUUCAAGACCGCAAACCUGCCCAUCGUUACUGAAGAACAGUAUCCCUUAACGCUUGUGGACCAAGAAUGUAAAAUACCAAAACAUAAUACGGGUGUAUUUAUCAAGAAAAAUAACAAAUUAUGCAAUGUUAAAGAAGAAGAAUUGCUGCGUCUGAUCGCACGUGGUCCGGUAGUAGCACUAGUGAAUGCAAAAAGUUGGCAACAUUAUAUUCGUGGUGUGAUAAAACGCGCAUGUCUAACAACUGAUAAGGAACCCAACCACGUAAUCCUCAUUGUUGGAUAUGAUUUAAGCGAUGAAAUACCUUAUUACAUCGUCAGAAACUCUUGGGGUGAAAAUUUUGGGGACAACGGUUAUGUCAAGGUCGCGAUUGGUGAUAAUGUCUGUGGAAUUGCUAAUGAAAUCUUUUACAUAGAUGUAGUAGGCCCCUAA